AUGGCACUUUACAUUUUUAUUUUAGUUGGGUUCCUCUUUGCCAAGGCAGAAGAUGAGGUGCUCCAGAGUUUGCAGUUCCUGCAGACACAUGUGGGUUUGAACACCACCUCGCAACGGAGUCACAAUGAAACAGCGCUCGCAGCAAGAGGCAUUUGUGUGACCGAUGACAAACUUACUGUGAAGGACCUGACGUGUCACUUGUUUUCUCGCAUCUACCAUCUCCCACAUAAACUGGCCACCAUCAAGCGGCAUCAGCAUGAUCCAUUAAAAAUGCCACAAACCAUUACAAACCAGAGGUAG